AUGUCCAGUCCUAAAGAUGCUCCAAUCCAUGAGAAACAACUCGAGCUUGCUGACGACAUCUCCCAGGAAGUUCAGGCAGAGGGCGUCGGCAGAGAAUACGAACUCAAGUGUGGUCUCAUCAACCGCUGUUUCCAGGAAGAGAUCGGCUUUGGCAUAUACCAAAAGCAACUAUUUGUAUUGACCGGUCUCGGUUGGCUAGCAGACAAUCUGUGGUUACAGGGUCUCGCUGUCGUCCUUCCACAGAUACAACAAGAAUUUAAUCCAAAGGAAGUCGAAUAUGCCGUCCUCGCUGAGUUUGCUGGCCUCAUCGUCGGUGCAACCCUCUGGGGCAUCAUGGCAGAUGUCAUCGGCAGAAAAUUGUCUUUCAACAUCACGCUCUUUAUCGCUGGAGUAUUCGGUCUCGCAGCUGGCGGUGCCCCUAAUUUUAUUGGCUUUUCUUGCCUAGUCGCCUUCAUGGGCUUUGGUGUCGGUGGAAACUUACCUGUCGACGGCGCUCUUUAUCUCGAGCACAUACCACAAUCUCACCAGUGGACGCUUACCCUACUCUCUGUCUGGUGGGCCCUUGGGCAGCUUGUUUCCUCUGUUAUUGCAUGGGGUUUCAUUGCUAAAUUUUCUUGCGAUUCCUCCAUACCUGCCGGCCAAUGCCCCAAAUCUGAGAACAUGGGCUGGCGAUACACUCUCUAUAUGUUGGGUUCUUUGACUCUCCUCAUGUUCGUUUGUCGAUUCUUUAUAUUCGACAUGCAAGAAUCUUCAAAAUAUCUCGUCGCCCAAGGACGUGACGAAGAAGCCAUCAAGGUCCUUGCGCAUAUCGCUCGACGGAACGGGAAGACUAUUACUCUGAAGUUGGAAGAUCUGCAAGCUAUUUCUGGAGAAUAUCCUGUGGCUAAUACUAAAACGACUGAAAAGUUACAGACCACCAUCCGGAACGUGUUUUCUGGCUUGUCUCUGUCUCACAUCCGACCUCUAUUUUCGAGCAAACGUCUAGGUGUCAAUACCACUCUUAUAAUCAUAAUUUGGGGCCUAAUCGGCCUAGCGUACCCCCUAUUCAACGCCUACCUCCCCCUCUACCUCGCCGCCCAAGGCUCCUCCGACGGCUCCUCCGACACCUACGAAACCUACCGCAACUACACCAUCAUCUCCGUGCUCGGCGUGCCCGGUUCCUUCAUCGCGUGUGCGGUGGUGGACUGGACGAGGAAGCCAAGGAGCAGCAGCGGUGGCGGCGGGUUCACGAUCGGGGGGAGGAAGCUGUCGUUGGCGGUGUCGACGAUGUUGACGGGCGUAUUUUUGUUCUUGUUCACGACGAGUAAGACGACGGAUGCGGUGCUUGGCUUUUCGUGCGCUUCGUCGCUCACGCAAAACGCGAUGUACGGCGUGCUGUAUGCGUACACGCCCGAGGUAUUCCCCGCUCCUCAUCGCGGCACGGGCGACGCCCUCUGCUCCGCUCUCAACAGAAUCGGCGGGUUCAUCGCCCCUCUCAUCAAAAUCGCGACGACGCCAGCGACGGGGACUGUUUCUGCCAACGCAGCGAACGGUCCCGUGUUCGUAUCGGCCACUUUGUUCUUGGUGGCAGCUAUCCUGACGAUGUUGCUCCCCAUCGAGACUGCUGGGAGGUCGGCUCUAUAA